UGUUUACUCACAGACGGCCCUAAUGCAGAAGUCAUAAUGCGAACCCUCGUCCUCACUCCUCACUCCUCACUCCUCACGCCACCUAUAAAUAUACGUUCUGCCUCGCCAUUCAACCCUCACAACCCAAACAAAAACACACGCAUCCCGUGACUCCGAUUUCUGAAUCCUAAUCCUUCUUUCUCCCUCUAUUUUUUCUCACUCUGCUUUUCGGUUCUCUUUUGUUUUCAAUCCGUUCUCUUUUGUUUUCAAUCCAUUCCAGAUUCCGUGUGGUUCGAUCCUUUUGGAUUAAGGUGUUGCAAUUGCAGUUCGUUUUAGCAUUAGGUUUUUCUCAAACGGUUUUUCUUCAAUCCAGGACUGAAUGAUCUAAUGGAGUCAAAAGGUGGGAAGAAGAAGUCUAGUAGUAGUAGUAGUAGUAAAUCAUUAUUCUACGAAGCUCCCCUCGGUUACAGCAUUGAAGACGUUCGUCCAAACGGUGGAAUCAAGAAGUUCAGAUCUGCUGCUUACUCAAACUGCGCUCGCAAGCCAUCCUGAUACCCCUCCUGACAAAUAGUUCUCCGUUGCUAGCAACCAUUGUUUUAUUUUUAGCUUUUUAUUUUCUCGUUUUUCUUUAGGUUUAUUCACUACUCUCCUUCAAACGACGUCUUUCCAAUCCCUCUCUUUGCGAUUGUGCCCUUGCAUCUGUUUUCCUCUGUUUCCUACUGCAUUAAUUUCUUUCUAAAACACCAUGGCCAUGGCAGUGCCAGUUUCUGCUAUUGGUUUUGAAGGCUACGAAAAGAGGUUGGAAAUAUGCUUUUCCCGCCCUGGACUCUUUUCUGACCCUGGAGGAAAGGGUCUAAGGUCUCUCACCAAGUCCCAGUUGGAUGAGAUUCUUGCUCCAGCUGAGUGCACCAUUGUUUCUUCGCUUUCAAGCGAGGACGUUGACUCCUAUGUUCUUUCUGAGUCAAGCCUCUUCGUUUAUCCCUACAAGAUUAUCAUCAAAACUUGUGGUACUACUAAGUUAUUGCUUUCAAUCCCACCCAUAUUGCGGUUGGCCGAGACCCUUUCACUUAAUGUCAAAUCUGUGAGGUAUACCCGAGGAAGUUUCAUUUUUCCUGGUGCCCAGUCCUUCCCACACCGCAGCUUCUCCGAAGAAGUUGCCAUUCUGGAUAGCCAUUUUGGGAAGCUUGGUUCAGGCAGCAUGGCUUACGUUAUGGGCGGUGGCAUAGACAAACCACAGAAAUGGCAUGUUUACUCUGCUUCUGCAGAAUCUGUGAGCCCAUGCGACUCUGUCUACACACUUGAAAUGUGCAUGACUGGAUUGGACAGAGAGAAAGCACUUGUUUUCUACAAGGAACCAUCUGGUUCAGCAGCGCGGAUGACGGUUAAUUCUGGCAUCAGAAAGAUCCUUCCUGAUUCUGAUAUAUGCGACUUUGAAUUUGAACCUUGCGGUUAUUCAAUGAAUUCUGUCGAAGGUGCUGCUGUUUCUACCAUUCAUGUUACUCCAGAAGAUGGUUUCAGCUAUGCAAGCUUUGAAACAGUGGGAUAUGAUUUGAAAGUGGUCAAUCUGAACGUUCUAGUUGAGAGUGUGUUGGCAUGCUUCCAACCUACUGAGUUUUCGAUGGCGGUUCAUGUUGACUGUUCAAGCAAGUCAUUUGAGCAGAGCUGUUUGCUGGAUGUUAAGGGAUACUAUCGUGAAGAGAGGAGCCACGAGGGGAUUGGAAUGGGUGGUUCUGUUGUCUAUCAGAAGUUCGUCAAGACUUCUGAUUGUGGUUCACCUAGAUCAACUCUGAAGUGCUGGAAAGAUGAAGAGGAAGAGGAGUAGUUUGCUGUCUUUUAUUUUAUGUUCACAAGUGUUUUUACUAUUGUCUUUCGUAAAAAAUAAAUCAUGCCUUCUAGUCUUGGUAUGAUCCUAUUCUGAAUUGUCAUUUCAUUUCAUUGUAUGCUUAAUAUUCUGAAUUGAUCCCGUGUCUAUUUUCAUUUCUGGUGGUUUGUACACGUUGCAGGUUGCUGUUUUAAUUUUAACGCUGAAUUGAACUUAUUGGAAAAUAGAUUAUGCUGUUUGGUA